CGCUCCUUCCCAUCGCUUCCCCGGUCCGCCGCAGCCCGAAACGCGGCGCUGCCUCCAGCCCGGGCAGCUGCUGCUGCUGCUGCUGCGUCAGUUCCUAACAGUGACAGCCCCACGCCCUCCUUAUGUUUAUUUCUCAUUCUCUGUUUGGAUAUAAAGUGUGUUGUAAAUCGCGGAACUGCUGCAGAAAGUCACUUUGCGAUUUGUUUGGCCAGCUCUGUCCGGCUGCGAACCAACUUCCUGCAUGUGGCCGUAGGAGGAAGGGGAUUUCUGAGGCUUUAGCGGUCGCAGCUGCCGUCUGAUCGCGAUCCCCGGCUCCCCUCCGCGGAUGGUGCGGGGUGGGAUCAUCUGGAGAGGCCGUGGCAGACAUUUUACCCACGGUCUUCAGGAGCCUGGCAACUCGGACGGGGUUUACCUCCGCGAAGACUGUAACAAGAUUUUUGGGGAUACGAAAUGUGAAGAAAGGGCUCCUCUUUUUCACCUUCUCUACCUAAGAAGUUGCCUGAUCUGACGUGUCCACAUCCUGACACCUUCCUGCCUCGGGCAUGCCUCAGCCGGGUAUGAAUGGGAUGGAGCCUGCAUUUGGCGAGGCCUACGGGGGCCACAGGGGCCUGCUGAGCACCUGCCCGCUGGCCAUGUCGCCACAAGGGGGCAGGACUGAGUAUGAUCAGAGCGUGCUCCUGAUGCUGGGCUCCCCAGCGUCGCCAAGGAAACGGCCCUUCGAGUUGCUGAGCGACCUGGUGGAUGACGGCGGUUUUGGCGAGGACCAGCAUCCGGAGCGCUGGGACGUGUCCGCGCUGGACGAGAUGGCCCGCUACACCAAGCUGGGCCUCGGAGUCGGCGGGGAGCUGCUGGCGUGCUCCGAGGACGCCAUCUUGAUGGGCCGCUGGGGGAGGAGUCGGGAGGAGGAGGAGGAGGGGGAGGAGGAGUGGAAGAAGAGGAGGGACGGCUGCGCGGCCCCUCCCAUAACCCAGGAAGUCCAGGUCACGGCGGCGGGGAUGAAGUCGCCGUGUGGCUCCAUUACCGUGGCAACACAGAGGGAGCUGUGCGCCGCCGGAAUGGGGAUGGGAGACGAAUGCGACCAAGAGGUGUCGAGGGAGUGUACGGUGGAGGUGUAUCAGGUGGCGCCUGAGGAAGAGGAGGGGCAAGAACAGGAAGCGGCGGCAGCCGGAUCAGGGCUGGCGCUGGAGCACUGCAGCGAGGAACACAACUACUCUCUGAGCCAGGGAGGGGAGAAGGCGGCCAGGCCGGCGCUCAGCGCUCCGCCGGAGGAGGUGAAGGAGGCUGAGGCUCAGCAGGAGGUGCAGGGCAGCGAGGACAGCCAGGCGAACACAGAGCUGGAGGAGGAGGAGGAGGAGGAGGAGGAUGAGGAGGAAGAGGAAGAAGAGGAGGAGGAAGAAGAGGAGGAGGAGGAGGAAGGGGCGGAGGAAACGGCGGUGGAGGCUGAACUUUCAAGCUCCUCAGAAACUGAGUGUGAGGUGGAGCCCAAGCCAGCGAGGCAACCAGGCGAGCGCCCGGCUAAGCGUCGCUGUUUCUGGGAGUACAGACGCUCCCGGGAGUCGGCCACGAAGAAGAAGCUGGGCAGCAACGUCCACUGGUCUCUGUCCUGGAGCUCCAGCACGCUACCCAGCACGCUGUACCGCCGCGAGGGCAAGAAAGGGCGCCGCAAAGCGCGAAAAACAGACGCCAGCGACCUGACGCCCAACCCUCAGAAGCUGCACAACAUCGGAGAGCAGCUGCAGAAGCUCAACGCUGCCAUUAAGGGCAUGGGCCCGGUCAACGACCUGCCCGCCGUGGCCCGAGCGCGAUCCCGCAAGGAGAAGAACAAGCUGGCGUCCAGGGCCUGCCGGCUGAAGAAGAAGGCCCAGCAUGAAGCCAACAAGAUCAAGCUGUGGGGGCUCAACCAGGAGUACGAAAACCUCUUGGGAGCCCUGCUACGGAUCAAGGAGGUGAUCCGACAGCGGGUGGAAAGCAGUGAGGAGGAAGAUGGAGACGAACGUGGAAUGACCCAACGUCUCGAAGACAUCCUUAAAGAGUCCAGCGGUCCCCUAGUUGCUGGGCGGACCAAAGACUUUGUGCAAAGGAUUCUGGAUGCCAGCGCGAACGGUCAGAACCAGCGUAAGGAGUCGCUGCAGGGCGGAGAUGAGUCGGCGGGUUAAACUACCCAGCACCUGUGUUUUUUUUCUCCACGUCCUCCCAUCCCAGCACCCACCUGGCCCAAGCACCUCCUCUGCUCUCACAUCGGAGUGAGAGCUGAGCGGAGAAGAGGCUGGGAAAGAAGAAACCAACACGGGAGUUUGUUUCCAUCCUGCUCUCCUUCAACAGCAGCACCCUGUCGCUGCAGGCUGCACCGCAAACACCACCAGGCUAGAACUGCUGCUGAUGUCUUUACUGUGUCCUGUCCGUCUGUGUGUGUGUGUGUGUGUGUGCGUGUGGGUGUGUGUGUGUGUGUGUGGGCGUAUGUGUAACAUACUGCAUGAGAGUGUAUAGUGCUUCUGUUUCCCUCCCUGUGCUGUAUUUGUAUCCCAUUGUGCCUAUGAAUAGACAUUGCACUGUUUUGUAGAUAGUCAUAGUUGUUGGCGGGUGAGUGAGCCGAGGGCAAGGGGGGGGAAACACAGGAAGCUCAGAAACCAGGAAGUGAGAGGAGCCCGGUUUCAGAAAACACAGAAGUGGAUGGAUGUGUUUUCUCAUUCCUCUGAGCUCCGAUGAAAUCAUUUGAGGGACCCGGAAACAGAGGUCCGUUUGUUAAAGAAACCUCUGGAGCUUUAAUAAACCCUCGUCUCCCCAAAAUCACUUUUAUUUCAGUUCAUCUCCACUGCAUCAAAACGAAAGCAGAGCUAAAAGCGAAAGUGACAACGGCACCUUAAUUUAAGCAGACCAAAGACGACUGUAACUACCGAAAUGCUGAAACAUCACAACCGCUCACAGACCCGCCGGGUCAACCCAUCACAAAAAACUAUCAAAAUACUUUGACUGUUGUCAUAUUUCUACAAUAAGUAAUUUUUUAAUAAAGUCAAAACAUUAAAAUAAUAAAGAUGCAACUAGGGCUAGGCAUUUAUCGUAUCGUUUACAAAUUUUGAUUUACUGUUGAUCUCGAUAAAUUUCAGUUAAUGCUAAAAGAAAAACCUGACUGACAUGUUAUUUUUAUUAUUUUCUCCCCUGUUUUUUAUUUCCACAACAGCAUAAACAAAUAUCAGUAAAUUCAAAAAUAUAAUUAAUUGAAGCCUCCUUGUGCAUUUUAGUAAUAAAAAUCAGAAAUUUAUUUGAAAUAGGAAUAUUUUUUAAAGAGCAGUAUUUGUGGCGCCAUCAAUUCUGUCCCUUCCAGUUACCUAAAGAAUAAGUAAUAAAUAAUAUUUUACCAUCUUUUUUAUUAUUAUCACAAUAGUACCAUGAAAUAUAACAUCACCAACCCCUAGAUGCAAUAUUACCAGAAUAAAGUUAUUAAAGAUGUUUGUUUCUUUCUUCUGUUUCUGUUUAAAGAAUCGUUUAAAGUCCUGCUGCUGAUAAUAAUUUGACGCUGCUGUUAAAAGAUUAAGUAUUUUUUUAUUGUACCAAAGUAUAAUUUUUAAAAAAUUGUUAUUUUUCGUAGAAGUUCUCAUAAAAUGUCUACUUUAUUCCUAGUGUUACAACCUUAUUCUCGAAUUAUUUCAAAUUUAUUGUUUUACCAUUUUUUUCUUAUAACAUUACGACUAAAGAUGAAAAUCUUCCAGUUUCCAGCGAUCGAUUCGAUUCGAUUAAAAUUUUUAGGGUUACCUUGAAUUCAAAAACGAUUUUUAAUUCAGAAAUAAUUUUUUUUUUUACUAGUUUUGUGAUUCUGUUUAAAUUAUGUGACUAAUAAGAAGAAACGACAAUCAAAUAUAACAUUUAUUUAAGACAACUUCCAUCAGUUUAUAUUUGCACUAAAAUAAGUUUGUGCACAAAAUUCUGUAACUUAAAUUACCUGUUUCAGGUUAGCUUAGCUGCGUGGCUUCUUAUUAAAUAAAAAAAACACCAAAGAAUAAUUUAAAAUAAGAACGGUGGCCGAGCGGACGCGUAGUGCGAUGUUUAGUUUAUUUCCAAAUAGGAGGAACAAAGACGUGCAACUAAAACGCAUUUUGAGUUUCUCUUUAUUGAACGAAGAAUAAACAAAGUUAAAUACAAAGAAAAUAAAUUUAAAACAAAAGCAGCAGAAAGAAGUAUGAACUUAUUUCAUAUUUCUAUUAAAAUUGAUUCUUGAGCAUUUUUAACUGUCUGCACAUCUGAUUGUAACUUUAUUCUAAUAAUUAUGUAUUUUAUUAGCCUGGCUAAUUCUCCAUCGUAUAUUUGCUGUAGCUGCCACUGUGGAGCCUGAUGCUUCUCCAGUUUAUCUGCAGUGGCUUCAUUGAAACCCACAAAAGGGAAAAAGUCUCCUCACUGCUUCCCCUCGCCCUCUGCUCAACCCCUGGCCUGGUUAUGUAGCGCAACUUCCUGAAUUGCAAUGACCAAUAGAGAAAACACUUGUAGAUCUAGACAGCAAAUAAGUCUAUUUUUUUGUUUGUUUUUGUCAAUGUUUCGAUUCUGUUGUUAUCUUGACGACGCGGCAGCCCACUAAGUGGGUGCUGCUCUUGAGGAUUUUUGAAAUCUGCCUUUGUCUGUGGUCUUUGCUGAAGCUGUAGACCAACCUGUCCAAGCUCUCUAAAAAUUAUUGGACACACAACAAAAAGAAAAGAUAGUCAAUAAUCCUUUGAAUUGCACUGUGGUAAGAGCAAAUAAGCACCUUUGAGGAGGGUUUUAAAUCCUCGAAAAGAGAGAAAAAAAACCUUUUUGGCACCUUUCUGCAAAAACAAAUAUUAAUUCAAAGACUUGAAGGUGCCUGCUGCUUCCGAGCAAAAGAUAGUUUGGGUUUGUCUCAGUAUGGUGCUACUAUAUGAUGAAAAAAAAAAAAAAAUUACAGAAAUGCAAAUCUAGCAUGGAAGCAUGAGACAGUAACUGCUGACUGGGUUUUUGUCCUGCAAGCAGACGCUGUUGGUGGCGGCUUGCUUGCAUAAUAAUGCCUAUCUGAAGUGCCUGGAGCUUAAAGCCACAGGGGCCUGUGUUAUUACAGCUGAUCCUGAUUCCUGUAAGCGUUACAAAACUCACCUACAACUGCCAUGCCACGCUUAAUGCUUCUGGGAAAGGAGAAGGAAUGUCUGGUGUCUCAUCGCAUGUCAGCCAAAACAGUAAAACAAAAAUAUUUAAUGAAACCUACAGUCUCAGUAACAUCAUCUCUGGGAAAUGGUAGGAAAGACGUUUUCUUCCUGCUUUUUCCCCGCAUAUGCAUCGCUCCAAAGCUGCUGUGUUCCAACUCAAUGUGUCCCCCUCCUGACCGAAAAGCAUACAGAAACAUUUCCCCUCCUGCAGAGCUUGAUGUUGAUGAGAAAGCUGUGGUGGUGAAGUUCAUUACUGUUUCUGUAGAAAACGGCGUUGUAUGAAAGGCCCAAAA